AUGAACUCGGCAAUGGAUUGUCCCUACAUCCCAGAUUAUUGUGUAUCGAAUAUAAAUAUGCAGCUGGAAAUGCACACUGUUGCCUUGAACAAUGGUCAUCCAACCCCACAACUAGGCGCAUGCAACUGUCAAGAAUUGUAUUCCAACCAGCAGGAAAAAGCCAUCAAUAAGCAGAAAUCAAGCUCAUCCCCUGGCUAUUCGGCGUCUAUUCCUAGCAGACAAGAGUUCUCCCAAAUACCCUUUUUGUCUCUAAAUACCAUUGUGCCCCAAAUUCUCUCUGAACUGGAUGAAGAGUUCUUCAAUACCGUGCCUAUCACUAACUACUAUCCAGCAAGUUUCAUUAUUCCUACAAUUAAGUGUUCUCUUUGCUCUAGCACGAUUAAUAUCGAAAAAGGAUAUGCUCUCAGGCCGCCAACCAUCUACACAGAUAUGGAUCUCGUAAAUUAUAUAUUAAAACACCUCAAUCAGCAUAAGUGUUCAGCUCAAGAUCCACACAUAGGCACAACUGUAUCCCAGAGAAAAUUGUGUGGGCAGUCAGAUGUCAUGACUUCAACUGAAAUGUCCCGUCCUCAGAAGUUUACUUUUCUCCACAUAUUUCAAAAGGACUGUGUAAGAGAGUAUUCUAAAAGAAUUUCUGGUUAUUAUUCAACUUCCAGAACCUCUAGUCCAUACAGCCUUAAAACUUCCCGUCAAAAUAGGCAAAAUAAUGAUAUUUUUACUGAAAUGUUUUUUUGUCAUCUUUGCAACCACCAGUGCAAUCGUAAAUCAAAUCUUAAGAGACACUUAGAAACACAUAGUACGAUCAGUAAAAAACCAAGAUGUUCUUUUUGUGAAAAGGGGCUAAGCAACAAUCAUAAUCUCAAAAGGCACAUAAAGUCUUGCACAAUGGCUCCAGUAGAUACCGCUAUACAUAAUCUAUGA